AUGACCAGGAUGUUGCUGCUUUGUGGGUCAUCGUCGCUGUCCCUGUCGAAGCGAUCAGUACUCCUGAAGCAAAUACAGGCGAAAUGCCCGUUCGUGGAGUCACUUGAGGCGCCGUGGUUGCACCUUAUCCAGAGUCGUGAUGCAGAACUUUUGGAUCCCCAAUCACCUUCACGAAAGGCCCUUGACUUACUACUAUCCUACGGCAAUGGUUCCAUCAGCCCGCCCACAGUGCAAGCAGGGAAGAAUGUACUGUUUGUGCUACCCAGGCCCGGAUCUAUUACUCCAUGGUCCACGAAAGCCACAGAUAUCGCCAGAAUCUGCAAUCUUGGCGAUCGUAUAGAACGCCUCGAACGCGGAAUUGUUUACAAAAUCGCCACGAAGGAUGAGUAUCUCCUCACGCAAGCGGACGUGGACAGUUUCUCCCAUUUAAUCCAUGAUCGCAUGACCCAGGUCGUUCAGUUCUUGCUACCGAACGAAGAUAUCAUAUUCGCUCACCACUCUCCCAAGCCCCUACGAACCAUCGACCUCCAUAGCUCCCCAUCUGCCGAGCAAUCGCUGAGCAAAGCAAACAAGGAACUCGGCCUCGCGCUGGCACCCGACGAGAUCAGCUACCUACUGGAGGCCUAUGUUUCUGGCGCCGAGCCGAUAAACAGAGAUCCUAGCGAUGCAGAACUGUUCAUGUUUGCCCAAGUCAAUUCAGAGCAUUGUCGCCAUAAAAUCUUCAACGCGUCCUGGACAAUCGAUGGCACACCCAAAGAACGGUCACUGUUCCAAAUGAUCCGGAACACGGAACAAUUGAACGGUACCGGCACCAUCUCCGCGUACUCUGACAACGCUGCCGUCAUCAAGGGCCACCCCGCUCCCAGAUUCAGCGUCAAGGACGGCACGCUCUACGGCGCUCAGCUUGAAGACAUGCCCAUUCUCACCAAAGUCGAAACUCAUAACCACCCAACAGCCGUGUCGCCAUACCCUGGGGCUGCGACCGGCUCAGGUGGUGAGAUUCGCGACGAAGGUGCCGUUGGACGUGGCUCCAAACCCAAAGCAGGCCUUUCUGGCUUCACCGUCUCAAAUCUCCUUAUCCCAGGAUUCGAGCAACCUUGGGAAACGGACUUUGGGAAGCCUUCACACAUUGCUUCCGCAUUCGAUAUCAUGAUUGAAGGUCCUCUCGGUGCAAGUGCUUUCAACAACGAAUUUGGGCGACCAGCAUUGACAGGUUACUUUCGCACAUUCUCUGAGCGUAUCCCUCUAUCGGGCGAAAGGACAGAAGUCAGGGGCUACCACAAGCCGAUCAUGAUCGCCGGCGGCUAUGGAAACGUUCGCCCCCAAUUUGCUUUGAAAACUAGCAUUUCUCCCGGAGCGAAAAUCAUCGUUUUGGGUGGCCCUGGGUUAUUGAUAGGUCUCGGAGGGGGAGCAGCUUCAAGCCAGGCCUCGGGUGCCAGCUCAGCAGAGCUUGAUUUCGCUUCGGUGCAAAGAGAUAAUGCAGAGAUGCAGAGACGUUGCCAACAAGUAAUCGAUGCUUGCGUUAGUCUGGAGGAGAACCCAAUCCAAAGUAUUCACGACGUCGGAGCGGGUGGUCUAUCGAAUGCCCUCCCGGAACUUGUCCACGACUCUGGGUUGGGUGCUCGGUUCGAAAUCCGAGACGUUCUCGUUGCAGACUCGUCAAUGUCUCCGAUGGAAAUUUGGUGCAAUGAGAGUCAAGAGCGAUACGUGUUGGCCAUAGGUUCAGAUAAAGCCGACAUCUUCGAACAGAUAGCAAGACGUGAACGAGCUCCCUAUUCCAUUGUAGGCGAAGCAACUGCUGAAGAAGAACUCAUAGUCACGGACAGACUUUUGUCUCGAGAUGUGAUACGAUUAAAGAUGUCAACGCUUUUCGGGAAACCACCCAGGAUGUCUCGUAAGGAUGUCAAGCCUCAGGUUACUCGUAAUGCCUUCGACGCUACCCUGGCCAAAUACCUGCCCUCAGCUUCGCCCGCAGAUCGCAUAUCGGAAGCCGUGAAUCGAGUCCUGCGCCUUCCAUCAGUGGGUUCCAAGUCGUUCCUCGUCACCAUCGGUGAUCGAUCUAUCACUGGGCUGGUGACCAGGGAACAGAUGGUUGGGCGUUGGCAAGUACCUGUCGCCGAUGUGGCAGUAACGCGGAGUUCCUAUGGCUUCGAUGUUAUCUCUGGAGAAGCUAUGGCAAUGGGGGAACGAACGCCCCUUGCGCUCCUCAGCCCUCAAGCAUCAGCUCGGAUGGCCAUUGCGGAAUCUCUCACGAAUUUGGCAGCGGCUCACACUGGAGACAUCUCGAGCAUCAAACUAAGCGCUAAUUGGAUGUGUGCCGCUUCAAAGGAAGGCGAAGGUGCCAACUUGUACGCGGCGGUCGAAGCCGUUGGCAUUGAACUGUGCCCUGCACUAGGCAUCGGAAUCCCAGUGGGUAAAGACUCGAUGUCGAUGUCGAUGAAGUGGAGUGACAGAGACGAACAACGGGAAGUUACCUCGCCCUUGUCCUUGAUUGUCACAGCCUUUUCUCCAGUCGAGGAUGUCAGGGCGACUUGGACACCAGAGCUUCGGACAGAUUUGGACGAGCCCACCGUUUUGAUCUUGAUUGAUCUCGCCGCCGGCAAAGCUAGACUUGGAGGGUCGGCUCUCGCUCAGGUGUUCAAAGAGAUUGGCGAUGAAGCCCCAGAUGUCGAGGAUCCAGUUCUUCUCAAAGCCUUCUAUCAAGGGUGUCAAAAGAUUCGCGAGGUGGCUCCAGAUCUUGUGCUUGCGUAUCAUGAUCGCUCCGACGGCGGACUCUUAACGACAGUGGCCGAAAUGUGCUUCUCCUCUCGGAUUGGCGUCGAGAUAUCUUUAGACGAAUAUUCACCUUCGACUGAUCCACUACCACUUCUAUUCAACGAAGAACUUGGUGCCGUGGUCCAAAUUCGGGAGUCACAGUUGCCACUCCUUCGGGAUAUAUUUGAAUCGACAGGUUUCCCUUCGAAGUCCAUCUUUAUAAUUGGCACACUGCGCAAGCCAUCCGACCCUGAAGCUUUCCUGGUCCGCCAGGCCAACGAAGUCGUAUACAACGGGGAGCGAGGCAGUAUGCAGAAAGCCUGGGCAGAAACGUCCUACAAAAUGCAAGCUCUUCGUGACAAUCCAGAAACCUCAGCCGAAGAAUACUCCUUGAUCGAUUCAAGCUCGCAUCACGGCCUCUUCUAUGACCUGACCUUUUCUGUUUCCCCAUCUCGCGACCUCUUCAGACGUCCGAAAGUUGCUAUUCUGAGGGAACAAGGCGUCAACGGCCAACUUGAGAUGGCGUGGGCUUUCACCGCUGCUGGUUUCGACGCAAUUGAUGUACACAUGUCCGACAUUCUUAGUGGCCGGACCAGUCUGCAAGACUUCCGUGGUCUGGCAGCAUGUGGUGGAUUCUCGUAUGGUGAUGUUCUCGGUGCAGGAAAGGGAUGGGCGCAUUCUGUUUUAUUAAAUCAGGCGGCUCGUAGCCAGUUCACUACCUUCUUCGGACGAGAUGAUACCUUUGCGCUGGGUGUUUGCAAUGGCUGCCAAUUCUUCAGCCAUCUCAAGGGGAUUAUAAGCGGCGCGGAGUUUUGGCCAGAGUUCUUGCCAAAUCGCAGCGAACGGUUUGAAGCCCGUACGUUGAUGGUAGAGAUUGUCGACAACGCCGUUACUCGAUCCUCGGUAUUCUUUCGUGAUAUGGCUGGAUCCAAGUUGCCUGUCGCUGUGGCACACGGGGAGGGGCGCGUCUCAUUCGAGAAUGAUGACCACCGAUCAGGAUUCGAAACCACGGCCUCUGUGGCUGUACGAUAUGUUGAUUCAUCCGGGAAGCCGACUGAACAUUACCCCUUGAAUCCAAAUGGUAGCCCUGGGGGCGUUACGGGCAUUCAGACACCAGAUGGGCGCAUAUUGGCUCUCAUGCCGCAUCCAGAGCGCGUCGUGACGUUAGAGAGUAACAGCUGGUACACGCAAGGUCAGCAGUUGACGUGGUCUGGAGUUGGGCCGUGGUUUAAGCUCUUCCAAAACGCUCGUGUAUGGUGCAACUAG